AUGAGGUCGGCCUUGAAUUCUCCUAAGAGGACGCCGACAGCCCGGCCCGGCAGAGACAGAUUCACAGCAGAGUCCUACACAGUGCUGGCUGACACCUCCAUCGACGCCGGCCAGCACUACUGGGAGGUGCGGUUUGACAAGGAGAGCAAAGCCUUCGCUGUGGGCGUGGCCCUGCGGAGCCUCGGACGCUUCGACCAGCUGGGGAAGAGCAGCGCGUCCUGGUGCAUCCACCUGAACAACUGGCUGCAGCAGAGCCUCACCGCCAAGCACAACAACAAGGCCCGCACGCUGGACUGCACCAUCCCCAACCGCAUCGGAGUCUACGUCAACUACGAUGAAGCAAGCAGCUAA